GAUUUUUAUAUUCUCACCUCCUGUUAUUACCUCGUCAGAGUUUUAAUUACCGGCAGCAGCAGGAUGAGAGGAAAUUCCCGGAACACCGGGAAUCCAAAGAGGUGGAUCAGUGUCUGACCAGUGGUGGCGCUAAGCCCGUCGUGGACCCCCCCUACAUCGAGUCCCAUCAGCGGGUGUGCACGUACAACGAGACCCGCCUGGUCACCGUGAAGCUGCCGAACUGUCAGUCCAACGUGGACCCGUCCUACACCUACCCUGUGGCCCUGAGGUGCCACUGUGGGGUGUGUGUGACCAGCACCACCGAGUGCAUAACCUUUGUCUGAACCACAGACUCCUCCAUGUUGGCGGACGGGACAUGGACAAAUAAAUGUUUCUUGUCAUUUCAGGUCGUUUUUUAAUCACACUGAUGUUUCUGGUUUUAUUGGUUUUAUAUAAAACGGGCUCAAUAUUAUCUUGUAUUGUUAUCUCUGUAAAUUACUUUGAUAUAAAAUAAAAUCAAUAUUCUGCUUUUUGCUCCU